AUGUUCUCAGAAUCAACAGUCCGGUUACCUUACCACCAGCCGACAGUUCUUCCCAUAACACACUUUCUGAAGAGAGUACCACUCACAGAAAAGAAAAAGGCUGAAAGGUAAUUUUGACAAGGCAUUGAAAUUCAUGCAAUCAUUGUUGCAAAACGAGACACACCCUGUGUCAAAAAUACAGUUAGGAAAAAGCUUACUGUUUGAUUCAGUGAAUGUACCAAGUAACAAUCAGGGCUGUCAAUAAGGAUUCAUUUUGCCAGGUUAAUACAAGUAGAAAACAGCUAGGGAUUUCUAUUGGUUAUAUUUUCCUAUGAAAGUAGUCAAGGGUCAUACUCCUCGUUGUUGGGAGAAAUUCCCGGCACCCAACCCUACAUUGUACACAGUGUACAUGUAAGUCACAGCCCUGGAUGAUGUUAAUGAGACAUGUUCACCAUAUCACCUCUCAGUGAUUUACUGUAACUCAGCAGCCUUACUAAAAGAGGUUAAUGUGCAUGUUUACUUCUUUGAUGCAACUUGUAUUGAAGAAAGUUUGGUAUUAAUUUUUUGAUGGCUUUGUAUUUUGAUUUAAUUUACGGAAGUUUACAGACUUCUUUCACAGUGUUUUUGCCAGAAAGUUGUAGCCUUAAUCUGCCAGUGUUUAAGAUAUAAAAGUGAAUAUUUCUUGCUGACACUUAAAUACCACUUUCAAAUAGGACCACAACAAAGACAGUUAAAGAAGCUACGAAUAAAGAAAUUCUUCAAUUGUCACCUGAUGACAAAACUAUACCAGGCAAGGGUAAUGAAAUAGAAGGGCCAGAAAUGUUGAGCCCAACAGCCGGUGACACUGCAAGUCCCACAGGAGCUGUUCAUGGAAUGAACAGGUUCAAAGCUGUCACACCCAAACUGAGUGCUGCAACAGAUCCCUUCUUCUUAGAUAUGGAUUACACACCCUCAUUAUCAAAACCUGUCAACAGUGGAGUGUGGGGCUUGAGAGAAAGGUAAUCAGGAUUUUUAUAGGGUGGAAUUUUGUAAUGGCAAAUUAGCACACUACGCGGUGCUGUUGGACUGAUAUAAAACUGGAAAUGAGCUUUCUUAAAUGAAAGGGUUUACCAUAGUUAUAUGAGAUGGGUUUAGAAUAUUAUUGUACAUUUUCCGAAGUCCCAUUUAGUUUCAACUCAAACCUUUUUAUAAGUUUAUGUGGAGAGUGUACUCUUUAGUAAGAAUUUGACUACUUCUUGAGUUUCUGAGUCAUUUUUUCUACAGUCAUCUUUGUGCCAUGACCAUCACCCAAUAUUAUUUUGGUUCAGGUUUUUUUUUUUUGCUGCAAUCUAUCACUCAUACAACAGCUACAUGUACUUAAGGGUGUGAAAAGACAGGCCAAAAAGUUGAGAAGUCUCCUCAGUUUACAGGCCUGAUGCUGUGUGGAGCAAACUCAAAAUUUAGUCAACUUUUCUCCCAAAAAGCUGGCAAACUGUGCUUGCAAACUAGAGCAAGCCCAGUGGGUUUUGCCGCUAGCACAGACUAUCAUAUAGCGCAUCAGCCACAGCCUGGCCUUGGAGGUCCCUUGUCAAAAUACAGUGUUUUUCAGAAGACCCAUCAACUGGCAAAAAUCGCUGGGUAGUUGUCUCCAAAGCAUAAGCUACAUGUACUCACAGAGAAGCCUUUUUUUUGUAAGGUGGAUAGCAAAUCCAUCGUAUUUGUCUCUCAACCUUCUUCUUGAUAAAAGUUAACUUGCUAUCAAAAAUAACAUACAGUGUAUGGGUAAUUUAAGGUGCCAUUCUCAUGGUUAAAAACCUUUCCUCAGUCGCUCAAGAGAUACUGGAAUUAACUACAGUGGAACCUCGUUAAUUAAUACCAUCACCAAUGGCCCCCCAUAAAUUGGUUGUAUUAACAGGUGACCAUAUUAACAAGGUUUUUUUUUACAAGAAAAUGCAUGGCCAUUUUGCAAGGCGGCCAAAAAAGUGCCGUAACAACUAGGUGACCGUAUUAACGAGGUGGCCGUAAGGCAGGGUUUCACUGUAUUCAGGCUUACAAAAUUAAACACUUAAGACACCUUGCUUAAUUUUCUUUAAAAUUUUCUGGAGACACUUGCAAAAUAUCACAAAUGACAGUCAUGCUAUGUUUGUUAUUUUGUUAGAUUUUUAAAACAUACUUCAAAGCCUCAGGAGAAAACCCCAGUUCCAGUCAAACCUUUAAACAAAGAAAAAAGUAAACCAGAUGAAGUGCUUUCAGAGGCCAGUGAAACCACACCCAAACCUACUGGAAAUACACCUAUAGUUUCUGAAGACAAGUUAAAAACAGCAACACCUGGUGAGUCAUUAGGGAAAUGGUUGAAAGUAUUGUACAGAGGAAUUCAAGGACCUAUCAAAUGCCCAAUCUAGAGAAAGACUGGCGGUGUCUCCAUGUAGCCACCCAGAAAAGAUGGUCUCUCAUUUGCAUAGUCCACAAUUUGCAUGCACCUUGAAAGUCCUUGAAAGUGCUUGAAAUCUAAAAUAAAAAUUCAAGGCAUUGAAUGUCCUUGCAAAUUGCAGUUGGUGCUGGAAAUUCCUUGAAUUUCGGUGCUAACUUUAUCCAACCCAGAUUCUCAAGUACCUAAUAUGAAACCUUCAGGAUAAAAAUGCUUAUGUUUGUGGAAGAAAUAAAAAAGGCACAGACUCAAGGCUCUUUUUUGCACUAAAUGGAUUCCUUGAAAAAUGGGAAAUAUGUCCUUGAAAGUCCUUGAAUUUUUUGUUCAAAAAAGGGUACGAACCCUGAUAGUUCUCUGACUCUAAUCCCAAUGAAAAAAGUAUGGAACUUUAAUGCCCUAGUGCAGUUGACAAUGCAAUUUUCAGGGGACAUUUUAAUAACAUUUCUAUCUCAUCUUAGAUUUUUAUGCCAAAAAAUUGCAUCCAUCAGGCUCAUCAGAUAGGUGGUGUCUUGUACACCCCUUCGACUCUAAGUCUAGCCUGUAUUCAGCCAUCCUCUUCCCACACAGGCUACCCCAAGUCAUUGAGGAUUGUUGUUGAGUACACUUGUUUUGACCACUACCAUUACAACUACCCAAUAAUCAAUUAAUUUUAAUGUAUUUUGCACGGUUUUAUGAAUUUCAAUUUCCAAAAAACGCUUGUCCCUACUUCUGACAAAAUGAAGCAGUGAGAAAGUUUUUAUGCUAUUUUUUACUACUGCUUGUAAAUCAUGUUUUUAUUAUUUUUAAGAAUGUUUUCCAAUUUUGUACAGUUUACAGCUGAAGUUGUAAAAGAUUGAUCUGACACAUUCGCUCUGUCAUUCUUCCCCCAUUCAUCCCCUCGGGUGACCAACUAUAUAGGAUUUCACAAGUAAAUAGAUUUAGGGCAAAGCAAAACAAAGCAAAGCCUUUAAUGGAGUUAAACAUUAUUUUUGGCUUGACAGGGUCCACCCUUGUUCCUCCAUACCUAACCGCAUCUGAAUUAUGUUGUGAUAUGUCUCUCAUUUCCAGGGACCAGACUUUUACUUCUCAAGGAACAGCUGCAAGCAAAAAUGAAAGUUAAUCGAGCUGAAAGAAGGAAAAUACAAGAAAGCCAACGAAAGCUUGACAACGAAGAAGUUAGUGAGGAAGAGGAAGAAGAAGAAAUGACUGAGGAGGAAGGUUUGGCAUGAAUAAUCUUUAUAUUAUCUCUGUCAAAGAUUAAAUUACAACUCAUUUUAUGGCUUAUUAAUCCGAGAUUUUGGUAGAAGAGCGAUACGUCGACUACACAAGAAAAAGUUAAAUUUUGAGCUCCUUUUCCAUUUGUUCGCGUAUUUAAAAGUCUAUUAAAGUACAUGAUGUAUCCCCGAUAAUCCGAUGAUCAUAAAGGGCGCUUUUUUACCCUAACUUUGCAAAACGCGUUUAAGGUAUUGAUAGUUUUCUCUUGAUGCAGCUCAAACCAAAAUUUCCGUCUAGGAAGCAGGUUGCUUUUCCUUGAAUUCCUAACAUUUCCCUGCUUUCAGAAAGCAGAGUGUACGUUUGCAACAUUUGUUUCUCGUGCCACUUAACUCGGUAACUACUGGGACAAAUUCCUCCCUUCCUGCACCUUUCAAAAUGACUAGUGUCUUUGAAUUAAAGUCGUAGGGUCGAAUACUUUCAGGUACCCUGUAAUCUUCGCCUUUUUUAGGCUAGCGAAGGCAAGCGUGUAGGCGGAAAAUAACUCUUGUUCUGUAGGCUAGUUGUAGCAGAUUGCAAUUUCAGACUGGAAUAGUACACAUACACUGUAAGUGCUUAUCAUCAUCGUCAUCAUUAUCAUCAUCAUAACCAUCAUCAUUAUUGUCAUCAUUAAUAUAUAGAUUUGUUGGUUUUCACAUGACGUCACUAAAAUUCAAACCACAAAACUAUCGAUCCUACGGAGAUUUUACUUCUAUGGUGUAUAAGAGCAGCUGAAAACUAAUUUUCAAACAAAUUUUGGUUUUGUAAUAGAGUACGCUUGAAUUUCUAAGCUUUUGCGUGACGCAGCAUUUACAUGACAGCCGAGAGAGAGCUGUCAUUUAGGUUUAUAAAGCGACUUUUUUCGAGGAAUUUUGCUAUCUAAUCAGUUCAAGUAUUAGAAAAAAGUAUUACUUUAAUGUUUAUAAGUUCCUCGGGGAGUAAAUUCACGCUUUUGUAGCAAAACUCGGUAACAGAUCUUUCUGUUGGUUUCCGUCCGCCAUGUUGGACCUCAUCCGGAUGAGCUCCAGCAUGGCGUCGCCAUACAAAGCUCCAUAAAUUUGGGUAAAACAUUUCCUCGGAUAUCUCGUAUACGAAUUAUUCCUUCGACCCAAAUCUUGGCGAGUGUCUUUGUUUAUUUACCUCCUUUCAUUUCCCAGAUUCUGGACUUUUUCUGUCGAAUGGUUUUGAUUUUUAUUUUGAUCUAUUUUGAAUGGCUUGACACUGAAAACCAGCAGUAGAUUUAGCUAGGGCUAAGAGCAAAGUUCUGGAUCAUAUUUAUAGUUUAAUUUGCCCAAACAAAAUGUAAAGUCGUGUAAUGUGAAGCGGGAAAGGCAACGAGAACGGUGAAAAAACAACAAUAGGUGUGAUUUGCAAAAAAGCAACUUUGCACGCGCAGGGCAUUUUUUUUUGUACAUUUCUUUACCGUUGUUUUGCACGACUACAUGUGUACAACGUGAAACUUCCUAGUUACACGUUUAAUGGAGUAAAUGUCGCUUUUUUCUCUCUGCCGCCCAUUUUCACCUUGGUGGCCACUAGCAUUUCUCAGUUUCUUACCGUCGCUACAAUAUUUUCAUGUUGUUCUUCCAACAAAAAACGUCUCCAUUUUUUUAUCUCUUGCUGUGGCUGUCUGUCGUUCUUUUUCUCGUUGAGCUUCGCUGGCCUGUCACCUAUUUUCUCUUUUUCUCUGUCUUUCUCUUUCUCUAUAUUCCAAAUCUGUGGACAUGAAAAUUAAUCUAAGCUUAAUACUUUACACAACACGUAUACAGAAACAAUUUCCGCUUUUCGUUUUCGUCUUUAUUGACUCUUUGGUUGUCAGGACGCGGGUGGCCAUGCGAUUUCCCGCCAAAAUAACCUCGAGUUGCAUUUGGAUUGACAUCCCUUUUGAUUGACUUAUUUUACAUUGGUAUGCCUGUGGUGUGGACGGACGGUUGGUUUGCCGUACGGUCACGUGAUUACCAAAAUUUCUCGGAUGGGUAGAUUACCACAUUUUCCUAGGUAUGGGGCUACGCUCGCGCGCGCGUUGAGCUCCGCUAUCAUAAUCGUCAUCGUCAUCAUCAUCUUAUAAUCAUCAUCCUCAUCAUCACUGUGAUCUCAUUAUCAUCAUCAUCAUCAUCAUCAUCAUCAUCAUUAUUAUUAUUUAUUUGCGCUGCGAAGUUUUCAGUUUCUCCUCUUUAAUUCUCUACUUUUUACAGACGAUUCUGAUUAUGAGCUUGACAAAUGGAACGAAGACGAUGAAAGAAAACAGGAAGAAGGAGAAAGCGAUCUUGAGGAUGAAGCAAAAGAUAAAAAUGCUUUUAUAGAUGAUGAGGCGGAUGAAAGCGAUAAUGACAAUGACAUUGCUGUCCAUGACAUUGAUUCUGGCUCAGAAGGGGAUAUCAGCGAUGGAGACGAAAGCGACGACCACAGUACGGAGGAGAAGACUGUAUUUAGCGACGAUGGUUUGUCGAAGCCAACAGCAAAGCUUAAAUCAAAAAAGAAGCAUAACAAAUCUAAAUUGCCAAACUUCAAUGUGGAUGAUAAAACCAUGGAUCUUUUUGGCGAUAGCAGAUCUCGAUCUGAUGCUAAAGGGGAGAGCAAUGAUUCUAUGCCAAAGAUUAGCAACGCGGAAAGAGACAGUGAAGACAGCACAGCCAGCCUUUGUCUUCGUCUCGAUAGCGUAGAAGAUGGUGAUGAGUCUAAUUUCAAUUUUCCUAGCCUCCCUAUGUCUUCGAAUACCAGGACAAAAAUCGAUUUCAAAGUUGAUAAGUCGCUGACAAACAUUUCCGAGGUGUCGCAGGAAUCUAGUCAGUCAAGUUUUGGAGGAUUGUUGGGUUCGGAAUUUGGUGAGAGUGCCAAUAGUCUUGAAGCGAGUAGCGACAGUAGCAGAAUUCCCCCUGGGCAAGGGGGAGGUAAUGCCCAGGGAAAUAAUGAGCUGCAUUCCGGUAAGAAAACUCCGGAGUUGUUUUCAUCUUAUUCAAGACUGAGGAACCUGAUCGGCAUGAAUAGCGAUGGCGUUUUAAAUUCAACAAAAAAGGUAUGCAGAUAUAACGGUUUGUGGCCUUGCAGUUUUCCGCGCCUUUCGGUUUUUCUUCUCUCCUUUUCAGUUUAAGUCCAUUUAAGGUCUUGCAAAUAAUAACAACUUUAAUGUAAUACUGUGGAGAACAAAACAGUGAGAAAUAGAAAGGGAGCCCAGAUGUAAAACUGGCAAAGCUAGAUUGCAUACUUGAAAAACGUCCUUUCAAUUUGUAAGAAAAUGAUAAUACAACACAAUGUACUUCUAUUCGUGGCGUCUGGAUUUGUCUUUGUGUGUUUUGAGGCCAUAAUUUCAGCCUGUUGAUCAAGUAUUUAUUACGUAUUUAUUUUUGAAAUUAUAUCUGUUAAUUUGAUUUUUUUUUUCAGCCUGGUAAAUUAUCUCAGCUCACUCUUCCAAUUGAGGAUUCGCAGGUAUUGUGUCUAUUGUGCGUCAUUAUAUGAAACUGUCCGCAUUGACAGGAACUUCGUAAAUGCGAAUGGGAGAUAACAAAUGUUCGAAUAAAGUCUAACCCACUGUUAAAAUGUAACCUGAGAGCUUAGAAAGGAAGGAAGAGUGUGAAUAACAUACUUUUCAUCUUAAACUCCGCAUCCAAUCAGAAGAUUGCGCUGUUUAUGCGAGGAUUAUAAGAAAAAAUACAGCAACCACAGUAUCACCCGGUAAUCAACACCAUCUAAAUAAUUAUGAUUCUAGCUCAGCAAGAAAGCGAGACUAUGCAGCUUUGAGAUUCUUUUUUAUUUAUUUUAGAUAAUAUUUACAAGUGACUAAACAUAAUUUUUGUCAGGGAUUUAAGAUAUAGUUUCAUGGGUGUCGAAUUACUCCUUACAGGGUUCGUACAGAGUCUUGAAUUCUUGAAAAAGUGCUGAAAUUUGCCCAACAAUUUUCCAGAGCUAGAAAAAGUCUGGAAAAUGGAGACAAAGUCUGGAAAGAAAGAAAGUCUUGAGUCGUUUUUCAAGAAAACAAUUGAAAUGAUUUUUUUUCCUUUUGGUAAAAUCUUUGUAGCACACCAUAAAAAAACCUUCCUGCGUUUUUCAAGGUCUAUAUUGAUCACCUAUUUGAUAACCUUGAGUCUGGAAUAAGAAAAAGUCCGGAAAAAGUCUUCAAUUCUGGAAGAAAAAAAUCUGUACGAACACUGUCCUUAAUUUUGGCGCGCAAUUUCAGCGUUUUCUAUAAUUACAAAAUUGCCGUUGCCGAAUUGCAACCUUCCGUACAAAGGUAAGUGUCAGUGCUAAGAUAGCGACGAAGUUUCAAAGUAUAUGAAGAUGUCAAGGCAUUGAAAGACGCUUCAGAAAACCUAAACACACAUUUUGUCAAAAAAAUUCUGAAAAUUCUGAAGUUAAGCCAAAUUUAAGCUCUAAACAUUUGAGAUCGACACGAUAAAACCAGGAUAAACAUGUCAAAAAUCCACGAUAACAAACGUAAUUCGUCACCCACGAUAUUAAGGGGUAAUCAAAUGGUAUACUCGUGAAAUUAGGGAAUAAUUUGACGCGCGUUUUUUCCAAAUCCUAAUAAUUUCCCGAGCCUUUAAACUCGUCACCAUUUGAUUACACAUACUUAUACGCCGCCCUUGAAUUAACACUGCAUCGAAAGCGCUAAAAAAUUAAUACACUUUGAUUCCUAUAGGAUCUCUUUGAUGACGCUAGUGCCCGAGCAGCAGAAGAGACCUCAAAACAGGACAUAAAUACAACAGACGCCACGUCAAGUGAUUUUCACUUCACUCUUGACGAGGACACUCAGUUUACACAGAUACUGAACACACAAGGGUAAGUAGCCCGUUCCAGGCUAAAAAUGCAGUAAUGCGCAGCUUCGUCCCCAGUCGUCCUCGGCGAUUUUGGAUGCGACGUCACCUGUCAAGCUUGUCAGGAAAUUCGCCAAGGUGGCGCUCGCUUCUAAGCCUCCUAUGCUCACUCGGAUAGAGCGAAUUGGUCUGGGUACGAGACUGAGUAUUUGCAGAGAACGUGAAAACUGAUGCGAAAAACGCGCGGGGACUGCGAAGAGACAAUGCGGUCUUUCUUUUCCCCCUGCCGCUCACCUUUGGGAAUCAUGCGCGUCCUUUUUUCCAUUGGCCUUAUUUUUACGACGUCCUUACCAUCUCAGAGCCUAGCACAGGCUGAAGGGUAAGAUGUAAGGAGGUUCAAUAAGCUUAGAUGCCUUGGAAUCAAGAGACCUGUGCUAAAUACAGAUGUGGAGAGGCGGGGGAUAAAAUCCCAUAAAAAUGUUGGCAAUUACAAUUUUUUUCAAAUUAACGACACGAGAGAAACUCCCUCUAGAAAGGAAAAAAAAUUUACCAGCAGGUUCGGUAGCGUUAAAGAGGCUUCAGAGUCACGCUAUUUCCUAUCUUUUUAUGAAAGCUUAAAAAUGUGUCUUCCCAUCAGUUGUCGUAAAUUCCAAAAUAAUGGUCCAGUUUUCUUAUUUAAGGCUAUAUUUAGGCAUUAAAACUAUUUCCUGUCGUCUGUUGAUAUGGAUGGCAAGGAUGGACAUGGAUUGAAGUCGGCCAGUUUUUUCAAGUUUUUAUGCUAUGCGCGCAAAAAGACCAAAACGUUAUUAUGAUUAGUGGUUCCUGAUGAAACUUGUUUGAUAUGUUCAUCAUAACUUUAUAGGAGCAUUUUGUUUAUGGGUAACUAAUGACUAUAGCACAGCAUUGACCUAAAGCAGCAACAUCCUGGUGACAUAACCCCUUUAACGUUGGGUUAGAGCGGCGAUUUACACAAGGAAUUUUCAAGUCUAUUCCCCAGUCCGGAAGGUGGCGUGUGGGAUGAAUUCAUAGGAAUAAACAGGUUUCCCCAGACCAAAGAGUUAUCACAACUGAUGAUGAAAGAUCAUCAAUGUUCUUUUCCUUGUCAAAAAAUAACGCCGUGCCCCUGAAAAGUAAAAUUGGAGGCAUGCGGCAUUCCCCAUCAGUACCAUGGUAUUUUGUCCUUUUAAAAGCCGAGAUUAUGAUGCAUUCUCCUUCAUGGAAACCACAUUGGAUUAAUUUUGCCUGAUUGAUUGUUAACAUUAAUCACCUUCAUGCAAUUUAACACCAACUUUCUCCCAUUCAGCUUCAUAAACUCCACGAAAAAGAGUAAAACUAAAACAAAGAGGCUCUUCAAAGAUGACGACAACGCAAACAGCAGCACCCAGCCGCCCAUGAAGGAACUGCUUGGUUUGUGUUCUGGAAGAUUUAGCGACAGUGAAGACACAGGAACACCAAAGGCCAGUGACAGUAAUACUGAAAGAAAGAAACAGGAAAAAAAGGCAAUAUUUGACACUCAAGAAACGAAUGGGAAUAUGAACGAACUGUUGGAUUUGUGCUCAGGAAGGUUUACUGACGACGAAAAUGAUCUUGGAGCUGAUGGUGGAGAGGAAAUGGAAAAUGAUUCUGAAUCUGAGUUGGAUGAAGAAGAGAACAAAGGUCCUAGUGAUGUUGGUGAUGAGGACGAAGACGAUAAGAUUGGAGAAAAAAGCGAUGUAGAAGACGAGAGUGAUCUUGAAGAAUUGAUGAUAAAACGGAAAUAUGGGAAGAAAUAUGAGACAAAGAAAAAAAGGUAGGUGGAAAGAUACGUAGUUUUUACGAAAUGGAUUGCUUCUCGUUUUCAAAAUGAAGAUAUGAUCGUGGCACUGUAAUAGCAAUUUUAGCAAUUGCAAAUUAACCCGAAAUAUAUAUCGGGGCUUCAACGGAUUUUGAACCCAUUACACGGCGAUGAUCGUAUCUUCGUGUAAAUUUGUAUUUCCGCAGUUUCCAUCUUCUCUAUUCUAUACAUUUCUUCUGAUCUACAAAAUCACCAAAUUUGAGUAAAAGUAGAGUGAGAGAUCCAACAGAAGAUGAUGGUGAUGAUGACGACGACACGACGACGACUCCGUCGACGACGACGACGACGACGACGACGAUGACGAUGACGACGACGAUGAUGAUGAUGAUGGUGAUGAUGAUGAAUGAUCAUUAGUGCACCCAUUUUACUGGCCGUUAAGAUCCACGCGCUUCGCGCCGGACGAAUUUUAUAAACCCAACCUCGCGAGGGAUAAAAAUGUACCUCCAUGUUUCUUGUCAAGACCUAAGAUCAAGCCCCGAUAGCAGUUUCCAAUGUGAAAAUUUCUGUUCUUCCUCUGACAUUAUACAAUUUUCACCGCUUUUAUAACCCUUAUGAAGGCAGUUGAAUGCAGCCGAAAUAUUGGUUCAUCGUGUUACGAAACAUCUGGUGUCUUCAUUUGUGACUGCUUCUGCUUGUGGCUUGAGAUUAUACAAUAAUAAAUAGUUUCCAGUCAGUGACUCGUUUAUUAACUCCCUUGUAGAAAAAGCCAGAUUCGCAUUUAUGAGGCGUUGCGGAUUUAAUUUCCAUUCAUUGUUUGUAAUUCACAGCAUUUUCGAUAAGAGGAACUUCCUGGAGGAAGAGGCAGAACUGUCAGGGAGUGAUGUGGGCUCUGAUGCAGAUGAAGAUAUCGCUACUGAUGAUGACUUGUUGGAAGAAGAUUCUGAUGCUGAGGAGUUGCCGUCAGGCGAGGAACUUCAAAAACAGAUCAACAAAGUUCACAUGUAAGUGAUAGUUCAAAAAGGCAUUUAUAAUUCAUAAAGAAAAAACAAAAGAAAUUAAUGUUUAAUGAGUAUCUCUAUAUCUGAUAAAGACACGGCUAAACUUUACGUCCAGGUUUUUCGAGCAAAAUAACCCCAAGUCUAAAUAUUAAGGUAAAAAUGAGUUGAUCUAUAUCAGAGAUUUUGAAGGCGUUCAAAAAACUCGCAGGAGUGUAUUAUCAGGUGUAAAAACUCUCGGCUUUCCCUCGAAUUUUUAAACCUGUUAAUACGCUCCUGCUCGUUUUUUGAACAGUACAUUAAAUACCACUGGACACUAAUGAUAAUAAAGAACGUUUAGUAACAACAAAAAUUCGAGCUUUCACUUACGACUGUGAGCCUAAAGCCUUUUCUGUUUGGAGUUUUCGUGUAAUUUAUCAAACACUACACGCGGUGUGUUAUCUGAUAUCCAGAUACCGAGAAGUGGUUUGACAGACGAGGCGUCGCCGAGAUUUUAAAGACUGACCAUGAGGUGUCUGGAUAUCGGAAGAAACACUCGGUAGAGUGGUUGUUACAGCCUUUUAAUAAUUCUUGAACAAAUUCAAAGCUAGGCUUUGAAUUUGGCUUUAGGCUUUCCUUCUCCACCUACUGCAAAGUUUUUGCCACAUACUUAAAAUCUUAUCAAAAACCCUGCUUCACUAUGUUUUAUGUAUCUUACUUUGUGGAGGCGUGUGUGGCCGCGCGGUUAACACCUCGGACUCUGGAUCUGCAGGUCCGGGGUUCAAGUCUCGCCCGUCAUGUUGUUUCCUUAGACAAGGAACUUUACUCCACUUUGUGUCUCUUCACCCGGGUGUUUAAAUCGGUACCGCCGACAAACUGCUGGGGGUAACCCUGCGAUGGACUAGCAUCUCGUCCAGGGGAGAGUAGCAAUAUUCCUAGGUAUGCUUCAAGCUAAGAAAACCGGGAUAAGCUCCGGCCUUGUGGGCCUUUGGCCCAUGUGCGCCUUUACCUUUAUGUAUCUUACUUUACUAGGAAAUCAAUUCAUGACCAGGACAAUGCCGACCUGCGAGCGGUGAAAGAAAUGUUCCUACCUGAUGGAGACCUGUACACAGAUGGACAGGGUCGCACGAGACAUUUCCGGUGGCGAGGAAUUGACGAAAAUUCACAGUUCGGACUUUUUGGCAACAAAGAUUUUUGGAACGAUGAAGAUGGCACUGCUAUUGAACUAAGUACUGAUGAAGAAAUUCAGCGACGAAAGGAAAGAUACGAAAGAGAAGCUUUCCUCAGGGAGGAAAAGGUGUAAAGUAAAACCAUUUUAAUAGACCUUUUAUCGAUACGGCAGCCAUAUUGAAUUAAUUAGAUUUAAGGAGUAUUAUGGGAUGCCCAGGGUUCAUAAGCACGAUCCGAUAUACUCGCUCAGUAUUUAAGCGCGCUUUUAUUUUCCCAGAAAAAGAUUGUAAUGGGGAAAAAGAUCGUUGUGCCGUGUUUAGAUUUGAUAAUGAUCGCCUUUUUCUCGAGAAUUAUACAAUGAAGUUGUCUUUUUGCCCGAAAAACGCGCGUAAAUACGGAGCGAGUGCCCCCUGGGCAUCCCGUAAUACUCCUUAACUCUAAUAAAUUCAAUAUGGCCGCCGUAUCGGUAAAAAGGUCUACUGUAAUGCACUUUUUCAUUGUUUUGAACAGGAUAUUGUUUUAGUAUUUUUCUAGUUUGAAGAGUGUAUACUGUUUCGUGUUUAGACCACUAAGCCGUAGAAGUUUGCUUUUGAUGAACGUUUGAUUGCUCAUUAGCAAAAUUGAUUCCAAUCUUACUUGAAAUUGUUCCACUUUAACUGUUCUGCAGCAGUAAAACAGACGUAUAUUUAUUGCCAAUGAGUUCAGUGUUAUUUUCUUCCUAUUACUGGUGUGUCGUUUCCUUAACUCUCUAUAAGCCGGAUACCUCUUUAAGAGGGACAGUUAGGGUCGGAUUGGAGAGAGUUGACUUUAUUACAAACUAGUAAUAAUCAUUGAUUAUGGAUCCGCGUUCGUCUUAUUCUACGAGCAAGACAUCUGCACGAAAAUGAGACUAAAGGAAACGAAAACGAGUCCAGUUUCCUGCGGCCGAGAUGCCCCUGAUAAAAUUAAUAGGGGCGGCUAAUCGGCAGUCGCUUGUGAUAGCUCGAAAAUUUCUGCCUUUGUGCCACAGGAACACCAGAUUAGGAUGCGAUAAUAACCUACUGUUCCACUUCAAUGGCUACACUAAUGACCCUGUUUCAUAUUCGCUGUUAAAUGUCCAUGUGCAUCAUCUGUGAAUGAUGUUCUGCAAGUGAUUUGUCGUCGCCAAAACGGCUUGCAACAUUGUGGUUUGCAAUUUUCCCGUUCCUUUUUUCAGUAAAGUUAAACUCGAAGUUUGUCUUUUCUUCAACAGGACAAGCAAAGGCCUGAUGUACUGGACCUCGAUGAAAGCAGCCAAAAUAUUCUGAGCAAAAUUAAAGAUACAAGCAGUCAGUUACCAGAUGGUAAGGGCAGUUAAAGUAUUUCAACCUAUUUUGCUCACACAAUCUCAAUGUAAUUUAUUUUCGUUUGUGGUCAUAAAAAUUGUUAUUAUCCAUUCAAACAUUUCACCGUUUCGGAUCGGCGUAAUCCCGCGGCUAAUUCUUCAUAACCAGCUGUGGCUGGCCAUAAUUGGAAGAUAGCAUAGCAGAGCUGGAGAAAAUGGCGUUAGAUUUCAUGCGUCGUUAUGAGUAGACGAAAUAGAAGAACUCGUUGAAAGGGAUUUUUGUUUUAGUAUUUACCCAAUUAUUUCAAUAAAAUGGAAAAGAAUUUUUUUUCAUAUAUUAAGACCUCACUUUGUAAGAGCUUUGUUUACGUUUUUAUUGACUGUGUUCACAAAGUGAAUUUUUUAAUAGUCGCAAAUUCAAUAAGAAAAUGUUUUCUCCUUACCAGUAAAUACCGACAAGCCAAAUUUCGUCUCUUUCUGGGUAAAUGUUGAUACACCUGCUUCAUUUAUCGCCAAGAUUCCGCCUUCCGAAACUGUCCGGAAACGAUUCAAAAUUUUGUUCCCAAACAACGAAGACCUGAUGUAGUUUUUGAAAAUAAGGGCGCUAAUCAAAAAGUGCAAAAUUGCUAUAUAGUGAUUUGGUUAAUACUUUAAACAAAUACAUACCACUGGACCGGUUACUGUCUGUCGUAUCAGUGGAUAACGCCCAUCUCUAUCUGCAAAAUUCUUUAAUAUCAUAGUGAUACGAAAGCUGAAUCCAAUAAUUGCUAAUUAUUAUAAUUAUUUCUAAAUGAUGAAGAAACGUUGCGAGUGUUUGACCCGACAUGGUAUCAAAAGCUCUCAAUUUUCUUUUCAAAGUUGUCCUAAGAAUCAUUGAAAACCCUACGGUGAGAACUGAUUGGUCGGUCAUGGCACGUUUACUUCCUUUUCUUUUCUAUUCACCUUGUUUUGUCUUUCAUAUGUACUUCUCGUUUCCCCUACAGCUCCAAGUAAGCCUCAGGCAAUCGUCAAUCCAAAGAACAGUGUUGCACCAGUGUUGAAGAAAAAGACGGUGAGUGGAUUUGAAGGACAUGGCAGCUUUAACCACCAACGUUCAACAGAAAUGCGUUGUCACCUAAGUGCACCGCUCGAUAGCUUCUUUCGCUUGCUUGAUUUUGGGGUGGUCGAUAAAGACUCUGCAUGAAUCGAGAAGAAUCUUGAAACUCUUGAAAUCUUGAAAAAAUUUGAACUCAGGUCCAGUAGCCGUGCGCUUAGUACAGCGAGCUCAGUUAUGAUCGUCGGUUUAUCAGUAAACAGAUGCUCGCACUCCGUAAACCAGUUUGACGAGAGAAAGCAAGAUUUACUAGUCCAAAAGUUCGGACUUCGGCGACUUCAAAGGAUUGACGUGAUUCAGGCAGAGCCUCCCCUCCUUUUCUUCUGCCUACUUGACAAAAGGAGGCUCGCUCGUAGGCUGCUAUAUGAAUGGCUACAUCUUUCCCUCCAAAAGUUUGCAUUUAUUUCUGUUGGGACGAUUGUAAGUCCCAAGAAAAAUUGAAAACAAUACUUAUGCAAAAUUUUGGAGGAAAAAAAGCCACACUUAGCUGAAAAAUUAUCAUUUACUGAUUUAAAUCUUAAGCCACGCAAUGUGGAUCAGAUUCAAUUAUCCAUUUAUUCAGUUCAGUCAGUCACUGUAUUUGUAUAGGUAAUAGCAUGAUUUGUAGUGAUAUUUGGCAUAAAUACCACGAGUGAUAUUUCGAAAUUGUUAUACAAGUGAAAUUUGAGACAAUUUUGAAAUAUCAAAAGGGGUAUUUAUGCCAAAAAUCACGUACAAAUCAUGCUAUUAUUUGUUUAUUCUACUCCCCGCAAAGCUUUUGUAAUUUUCACAUGUAGGUAUUUCAAAUUAAGCUGAAAUACCCCUGCUGUAAGCCAAUAAAAUUGGGGAAAUUUCUUUGAUUCGCUCAUUUAUUUUCUUUCAGUCGUUUAAAGGAUCAUUCCUGAAGCACAACAAGACCACACUGUCACGCCUGUCUUCCCUAACGUCCAACACACCAAAUGCGUCAGGUACAACGCGAGGAUUUGUGUUCCAGACAGUUUCACCACAAGGCAAGACCAACUCAAACGCAAAGGUAAGAACCACCGGUGCAAAAUAAUUUUCCUUUCUGUAAAGAAUAUUCCUGAAGUAGCGAGCUGUUGGGGAUGUUAGGGUCAAGAAACUAUGCGCAAGUUCGACAUCGGUAUCAACUACAACAACAACAAAAGUGCAAAACAGCACUGAACACUGCAAGUCGCGCUUUUUGACGCAUUUCUUUACCCUCACACUGCACGACUACAGCGUUAAAUUUUGGACACAAUGACGACAAAAUUUUGCUUUUUCUUAUGGUGUCUUGUGCAAUUUAGCUUUUGAAAAAAUCGCGCACUGUGAUAUUAAAGCAGCCCGCACAUUCACUUUUUAAAUCGAACGUGGCUUUGUGUUAAUUCCGCAUUUACACAAGCAAGCUGGCAAAAAAUUUCCCUACAGCUCCGUAAUGAAGGAUAUUGAAAUGACUCCCUUUUUCCUUUUUAUGUUGAAUAUCGUUAGCUAAGCUAAUACCGGAACAAAGCUCACACCGGUUACAACCUUGCUUGUCAACCCGCGCUCAAUUACAAGAGGUCCAAAUCUUAGGUUUUAAAAAACGUCCUUAUUUUCUUCCGCAGAAAAUCCAGCGAACUAAUUCCGUAAUAGAACAGCCAGCAUCCAAGAAACCUAGACUGGACAGAAGCUUAAGUGACUCCAACAGUGUAUUUUCUAUGCUUUGACACGAAGGUCUUUUCUUCAUUUCAGUGCUAUUUUUGUUUUAUUUUUAUCAAAGCAUAGUAACACCACGUUGGAUCAGAACUCAAAAAUAGGGGCAUAUCCGUAAAAACCCGUGAUACCCAUAGAGAAGUUCUGUUUAAAUAUAUAUAAAAAAUAAGAUCAAAUUAAUAAACCACAGUCUAGUCAAGGAUUAAGGACUACCUGUGCUCUUAUUGACUUUCUCAUAUCUCUGAAAUCCGGCUCCACGUCUGACAGUCACUUUCCGCGUCAAAAAGAGGAGAACUGCAGCACUGCAUUUCUCUGAAUGGGGAAACCCCUCCCCCACCCCCUAAAAGGUACUUGAAUUAAGUGUACCCGUAGUGGGGUGGAGUUUAAUGGGGAUGUAGGCUAUUUUUCUUUCGUUUGACUGUGGUCACAUGAGGGACUUUUUGCGGUAAAGGAAACGAGUAAGGUGCCUCAAAGCCAUAAUAUGUCGUUUACAAUGUUCAAACGUUGAUGCUUCGCCAGCAAUGCUUUUUAGUUUUUUUUUACUGUCUUUCUCAACAAAAAAGAAAGAACAGAAAAACGUCUUUUUUUCAAAACGGAAAAGCGGUCCCAGUGUUCUACAAAAAGAAACUAGUUAUUCUUGAUGAAAUAAAAGAGAAAACGUGUUAAUGUACAGUAAUUACUUAUUUUAUAAAUUUUGCCUUGUUUUCCACUUUAUACUAUACGUAAUUCUACGUAAUAGUAAGUGAGAACGCGUUAGAAUAUUAGAUCGCGGCUGGCCUUCGGUAUUUUCUUAAUGGGUUGUAAAAUGGCACGAUUCUCGGGGAC